CGCAUGCGCAGAAACGACGUGACGCCAAAGGGGCGGGGCUUCCGGCUCGUACGUAUGGGCUACGCAUACGGCCCCGGAAGGUGGGUUCAUUUCCGGCCCGCGCGGCGCGCUGGAGUGGCUGUGGAGGUGCGGAGCCUUCGCCGGGAACCUGGAAGAGUUUCGGGCCGGGACGUGCGGCGGCGCGCUGGGUUCGUCUGGAAUUGUACAUUGACAAAUCAAGGGGAGCGGAACCGAAGGGCCUCGGCUGUUGCGUGCAGAGAAGCUGUCAGCCUUGUGAGAGAGCAUGCAGCCGGCAAGCGCAUCGUGGUGCUUCGGUACCGAGUGCUGUGAGUCAUGACAAAUUUGGGAAGAGCCAGAGGGAAACUUUUCAUCCUGAGAUACAGAAGGAUUUAUUGGCUCUUGAAGAGCAAGAGGGACCAGUGAAUUUUAAAUUUGGAGUCCUUUAUGCUAAGGAUGGGCAGCUUACAGAUGAUGAAGUGUUCAGCAGUGUGGGCUUUCCCACAAUUAAGUGGUGUGGAGCUGAAGGGGACUACGAUGUAAUGGUGAUGGAGCUGUUUGGACUGAGUCUUGAAGAUCUCUUCGGUUUUUGUUCGAGGAAACUUCGUCUCAAGACAGUCCUAUUGCUCGCUGGCAAAAUGGUAGGAAACUGCUUUGUUGAUCUUGACGGCGCAGUAUGUUGGAAUAUUAAGAUUCCUCGAGAGAUCAGAACCAAAUACGUUGUUUCUGUAAUUUAGAGGUGAAUAGGCCUGUAUCAUUAAAGGAAAGACUCAAAAUUGGUUUUGUUUCUCUUAAAUACAAAGUGCCCCAUACUGCUCUCCAAGGCCAGUGUGGGAUGCUCAUACCCAAACAGAAACUUCUUAGAAUUUACAAACGUGGUUGCCAGCAGCACUGGGUAUUUGGACAGCAAGAAGCUGUCAUAAUUACAGAAAGUAGUAAUUGUUGCUUGCAGGAACGUUUGCUCACUGCACGUGGCUGCUUUGCUGCAGAGUAACAGGUGCCAAACCUGCUCAAGAGGGACCUUGGGCUUCACACAGCCACUCUUUCAGCUGGCAUGUGACUGACCUAUGUGGAGCAUCUCCUGCAGCCACAAGCACACCUUCCAACAGCCUUGCUGCACUCACAGCACUUGGGCAGAGAUACUGGAUCGCUCCUCCUCAGCAGCACCGGACGCUUUGGCCAUGGGCGUUAUGUUAACUGCACCACCUGAAUGGGAAACUGCCCUGCCAUGGAUAUUACCUAAUCAGAACAACCAGCAGCGAAAGCUCCGCAGGUCAUACAGCUCUGUGGCCCUCCUCCACCACACUGGCAGACAGCAGACAGGCUUGCUGAAGCAUCGCAGUCUGGACUGUAAGCAGUCCAAAAGCUCUAAAACAGAUCACCUCUCCUCCCACAAACAUGAAUACACAGUACAGUUAAAAACAAAAAACCAACUCCUUCCACCCAGCAGAUACAAGUGGUUACCACCCAAGGGUACACAGUGAUCAGCAAGAUGUGAAAAUGUGAGUAUAUAGUUUUAAACCACACAGUAGUAAUUAAUUGUGUCCUUAUUCUUCAGAAUGACAGGUAUGCCUGCAAAUGUACUGGCCCCCACCUAAACCUAUACAUGCAAAUUUGUACUAGGAGGGCAGCAUUUUGCUGUUCAUUUCCAGUUUUUUUCAAGAAAGCAGCAGCAUUUAGAAGACAACGGGAGAACAGCAGAGCUUUGAGAGUGUGGAUCAGAUCUUAAAAUACCAAUUACCAGAUUAAUAAAGUCUUACCUUUCCCCACC